AUGGAGGAGGGCACCUGCCCGGUCUGGGGCAGGAGACGCGGCCGGCGCCGGAUUCUGCAGGUUAAUGGGGCUCGAGGAAGUCAAGGACCGCAGCGGAAACGGCCAUGCCAGGGACCAGAACUUCAGACUUGGGGGGACCAAGGCAGACAGAAGAUCCCAAACCCGCUCGAUCCCGACCCCCAGGGCUCACCCGAGGGCCGCCCGACCUCCAGCCCGGCCACAAUCUUUGUGUGCCUCCCCGCCCCCUUCUCCCAGGGCGCCGAGCCCGGGACUUCCGGGCGGGCGGGCAGCGCGGAGCGGCCGGGCGGAGCACUGGGGAAUCCCGCCCAAUCCGCACGGGGGAAGGGGAAAAGGGAGGCUCGCCCAGCCAAUGGAAGACAAGAGGAGGCGGAGCCUCCGGGGGAGCCCGAGUUUCCGACCUUCACUGCCUCGGUUCGGGCCGUCCCCCGCCCCCGUGGGCGUGCAUACACGCCCACGCCCCAGCCCCCCCCCCGCCGCCCCAGGGCCCGCAGCGGCCCCUCACGGGAAGAGGAAGCCCCGACCGCCGCACGGCCCGGGGAGGGGGAAGCCGGCGCCGCCGCGGCCGCCGCGCGGUGGGCGGGGAAGGAGGCAGCACCAUAUUUGCAAAAGGGAUCAGCUGGGGCCGCGAGUCGCGUCGGCCGAGUUCCUGGAGGUUUUCGGUACUGCCGGCUGGAGGGGGGCUCCCCGCCCGAGCGCGGGCGGGCGGCGCAUCGUAGCGGCGCGGCUACAGCCCGGGAGUUCCGGGAGCCCCGAGCGGCGCGGGGGGCGAGGCACAAGGGCGCUCGCUCCUUCUCCCGCCUCCGGGUCCCUCCCGCCCGCCCGCCCGGCGUUGCCCCCGCCCCCAGAGUCCUUAACAACCGCGGGCCUCCGGCGCCCGCGCCUCCUCCCCGGGGCGCCCACUGCCCCCUCCAAGUUUGCCGGCAGAAACAAAACCCUCAGGGCACCGGCCCCCCUCGCCCCGCGUGGUCAGCGGAGCACCCCGGCGGCGGCUCGCGGGCUGGCUCCGAACUCCGCGUCUCCACCAAGUCGGGACACCGAGGGCCCAGCCCUCCCGGCGCGGGCCGGGGCCCCCAGCCAAGCCCGCGCGCCGCCGCAGUCCAGCCAGGGCCGGCUUCCAGUCGGGCGCCUUACCGACGCCCCCCUCCGCACACCCGGCUCGGGGAGAGAAGCUCGGAGGUGCGGCGGGCGCAGGGCCGCCCCCCGGCCGGGCCGCCCCCUCCCCGCGGCUCCAGCCCGGCUGGGAAACACACGGGCGAGCAGGCGGCGCCAAGCGCUCUCCUUCCUGGCCUGCCCCUCGCCUACCUCGGCCGCGGGGCUCCGCGCCUCCCCCUAGCCGGGUCUGGAGACCCACGGCGCCCACACCGCUUCGGGCUAGCCAAAGCGGGGGGCCCAGCCAACUAG